AUUUAUAUCACAUGAUGCUGACUUAACAGAAUCACGUGACUGAUGCAGACGAACAAAAAUGGCGUCAAAAGAUUCGAAAGUGACCGGAUUAGACAAUAAUGCGAUUUAUUAUGAAGUUUCUCCAACAAUUAUUUGUAUAAUGCGGUUGUACAAUUGUCUGGCAUUGCUUAUGGUACUGAUAGCUUUCAUUAUUUGUCUUGUGAAAGGACACGAUAGUGAUUCCAACUACCUCCUAGCGUGUAACCUCGUGCUAAGUGGACUUAUUGCCAUAGUAGUUAACUGGUGGUACAGGCGGCAUGAAUUGCCGGCUGACAAAUAUUGGUAUAUCUUCUUACUAUCAUCUGUUAUCAUAUUUCAAACCAUUACGACGGAUAUAUAUGUAUUUCACGUUUUACCGACUGCAGCUCCGACACAACAUCCGCCGAUAACCUUGACUACAAAACCAUAUACAGGAACUACGGUGACGUGGGUUACUAUAAAUAGUUCAACAAUAACGCCACCGCCAUCAGCGUUCCCGUUUCAACUUAUGCCGCCCACAAAUUGAAGACAUUUUAUCAAAUUUAUUGUUAUUCAUGUCAUAUUCAUGGAAACAUAGUACAAACAUCAAAUAUAUAUAAUCUAAUGCUAUAGAAGAAGAGGAUUUUUAUCAUGUGAAUAUCAAAUGCUUUAUUAGAGAUAGUAAAACACGUUUAUGCAGUGGUACCCAUGUUGUGACAAAGUUCUACGCAAAACGCAUCAGGGUAGCAAUAUGUCCUUAUAAACUGUUCUUCAACUGGAUGAAUAGAAACUGAUUGUUUAAAAAAAAAAGUGAAAUAUCAAAAUGCUAUAAUGUAUGAUGUUAUAUAUGUGUAUGUGCGUAUAUUGAAAAUUAAUUAUUUAUAAAUGAUUGUAUUAUUCGAAUCGGUGCAUGUUUUUGUUGGAAAUUAAAACAAAUUUGUUUUUAGUAAAA